AUUCCCUGUAGUGGGAGGGGCCAGCAACAACUAUAAAAUGAGAAUAUGACAAAUUUUAUCUUAAAUUAUUUUAAGGACGUAUACAAAAUGUUUGGAGGAAGUACUGCCAUAUUGGUGUUUGUGGCCCUGUUCUUGGUAGCCCCAAGUGAAGGACGUUAUACCAACAAUGGGUGUGCCUGUAUUCAAGUAUGGGAUCCUGUGUGUGGUGUAGAUGGACAGACGUACUCCAAUACUGCAUGUCUGGGAUGCGCUGGUAUCCCCAUGGCUUGUAGGGGAGAAUGUCCUUGCUACAAAGGCUACUGAACAUAACAGAACCAACACUUUAAAGUAAUCUCACCCGUGACCUAAAUAUUUAGUGUAUUGGUCUCUUAUAACUGUAAAAAUGAAUUUCCUUGUUUAAUAAAAAAGUGGUAUUCUAAAUAUAA